AUGAUGUUCGCUACACCCAUGCAUCAACAAUUCGUCCCCUUCACGCCCCUCCGCCCAUCUCCUCUCUCGCCGCGUCGCGCAAACACCACGACCUCGCGCCCCAUGACGACAACAACCACUACUGCGUCCUCCCCGACGUCGCCGUCACCGUCGCAAUCGCAAUCCCAAUUCCACUUCCAACCACAAUUCCAGUUCCAACCCAAACAACCCACAGAUCCAUUCACAUUGCCAUCGACCUCUCCUUCCCCCUCCCACUCCGCAUUCACAUUCUCCCCUCACCAAACACCCACAUCUCCCUCCCCUCGCACAUCCACAGCCACAGCCCCAUCAACCUACGCGCACCGCUACGCCACCAAAAUCUCCAACCCGCUACACAACCAACCGCGCUCCUACACGGCAUCCUCGACGCCCACGGCGCGCUCGACGCGUCGCAACGCCUUCCUGAACCGCGUCAAGCGGGAGCGCGACGCGGGACGAUUCGAGAACCGGGGCGAGCAGCUCGCGUUGAUGGAGCAUGUCGCGGAGGAGAAGAGAUGGGGGGAGGUUAUGCGGCGGAGGGCGGAGAGGUUAGCGAUGGGGGAACUGGAAUUGGAUUAUGACUAUGAAGGUGAAGGUAGUGGUGGUGGUGAUGUUGCAGAGGGUGAGGGGCAGGAGGUGGAGUUGAGCGUUGAAGACGAAAUCGCUCUAGAGGAGUACCUCAGACAGGAGGAUGCGGCGCACAUGGGGCCUUGGGGGUCUGGGUCUGGGUCUGAUCAUGCAGUAGCUACGGACCCCGGUCAGCUCGGUCAACUCGGUCAGGGCGGUAACAAUGGAACCAAAGAUGGCGGCUCGUUCAGUGACGAAGAGUACGAUGAUAUCUUUAUGGAUUUGGCGCAGCCGCCUAGUCAAGAUAUGGAUAUGAGUGGGUGA